CGGACGGCGCCGGACGUUCUGGAGUCGGCGGACCGCUGGACGAUGGUGUCGACGGGCGCGGCAGGCAGCUGGCCCAUCUGCUAGUGAUCCACCGACUGUUUACGAGCGCGCGAUGUUACUGGGCACGGUGCACGAGGACGGCCCGGUGCUAGCCAAGACGCGAGCCACGGACUUCAGCAUCGCAGCCAUCAUGGCGCCCCGGCGCCUGCCGCCGCCGCCGCCCGCGGCCGCAACGACGCUGUCCGACGUCGGAGCGUCGUCGCCGCCGCGUCUCCCGGCCGUGGCUGCAGCGGCGUCGCUGGCCGCUCCGACGCGCCACGCCGCGUCGCCGGCGCCCACACCCGCCGCUAUGGGUGGCGACAGCGAGGAAGACGAGGACGUGGAGGUGGACGUGGAGCAGUGCUCGGACAGCGAGGCGGGCUGCGGGGGCGGCGGCGACGCGGCGGCCUGCCGGCCCCCAGGGGCGGCGGCGGCAGGCGGCGGGCGGCGGUCGCCCAGCUCGGCCGUGGGGUCGCGCUCCGGCUCCGAGGAGCGCGAGACGCCGCCCCCGCCCGCCCCCUCCAGGGUGAAGGUGCGCUGCAACUGCGACGAGCUGCUGGCCGCCGAGUGCCACCUCGAGACCAAGGAGCUGUGGGACAAGUUCCACGACCUGGGCACCGAGAUGAUCAUCACCAAGACCGGCAGGCGCAUGUUCCCGACGUGCCGCGUGUCGUUCACGGGCGUGCGCGCCGAGCAGCGGUACGCGGUGCUGAUGGACAUCGUCCCGGUGGACAACAAGCGCUACCGCUACGCCUACCACCGCUCGUCGUGGCUGGUGGCCGGCAAGGCGGACCCGCCCGCGCCCUGCCGCCUCUACAUGCACCCCGACUCGCCCUUCACCGGCGAGCAGCUGCGCAAGCAGGUCGUCUCCUUCGAGAAGGUCAAGCUCACCAACAACGAGAUGGACAAGAACGGACAGAUCGUGCUCAACUCGAUGCACCGCUACCAGCCGCGCAUCCACCUGGUCAAAUGGCGGGAGCACGGCGGGCCUAUCACCGACCUGGAGAGCGAGCAGUACCGCACUUACAUCUUCCCCGAGUCCGUGUUCACCGCCGUCACCGCCUACCAGAACCAGCUGAUAACGAAGCUGAAAAUAGACAGCAAUCCUUUUGCUAAGGGCUUCAGGGAUUCAUCAAGGUUAACAGAUUUUGAUAGGGACCCGAUGGACGCGAUGUUCGUGGACCAGCACUUCCUGCGCUCCCCCGCACUGCGGCUGUACUCGGAGAUGGACGCCGAGAACAACAACGCUGCCGCGGCGGCGGCUGCAGCGGCGGCGGCGGGAGGCGGCGCGGGCUUCUUUUCGGCCGCCAUGAUGGAGAAGGCGCGCGCGCACCUGUCACUGUGGGGGCGGCCCUACUCGCCCGCGGAGCUGCACGCGCUGCUGGGGGCGGCGGCCGUGCAGUCGCCCCCGCUGUGGGCCGCCGCCUCCGGCGCGGGGCCCGGCGCGCCGCGCAUGCCGCCGCUGCCGCUGGCCGGUCACCUGUGGGCCGGGGGCGGCGCCCCGGCGCCUAUCCCGCCGCCCGCGGCGGCCGCGCCGGCCCCGGCGCCGCAGUCGUCGUGGUCGGUGCUGUCGCCACCGCCGACGUCUUCGUCGAGCUCGUCGGGGUCGCCGUCGCCGUCGUCGGCCGGGGCGGCGGAGCUGCGGCUGCCUCGGCCCGUCUUCCCGCAGCGCUUCAGCCCCUACCCGCUGGUGGCGGCGCCGGUGGCCGUGCCGGCGGCCAAGCAGCUGUCGCCGCCCGCCGCGCCGCCCACCGGCCCGCAGGACCACCGCGCCAACUGAACCGGAAGCCCGCACCUUCCUCACUGGCCCCACACCGAAAUGGGAUGAAUUUGGCGAGUUCCUUACACACUACUGCCAACCUGAACGUGUUUCACCACAAGAAGAAACCAAUAGUGUUACACAUUGGUGUAUAUGAGUUAUACAGGGUGUACAUUUUUAACAUCGUUUGUUUCCUAUUCCUAUAGGUAUCGUGGACUAUUCUAGGAAUUAACAGCAUACACAAUUAUAGAAGAAAAAAAUUCCACUAAACAUGUUCCAGACACAAGUUCUUUUCGAGAUAACUGAUAAUGUUCAGUUUCUAUCCGAGGUGUAGUUGCCAGAAACCGCACGUGUAUUUAUAAAUGUGGUGUCUGUUCUUUUGGAAGCCACAUGUAUAAUUUGCGGGCACAAAGGGCUGAUUGGCUAACUUCAGUGUCCAUUAACUCAGAAAUGGCGCAACGUACCGAACUUCUUACUAACGUACCGUGCGACAUCCUUAAAAUAUUUUCAGACUCUUUCUGACCACACUGUAUUUAAGACUGUUUUAGUGAUGACUCAUUCUGCUUACUCUCGUUUUCUACAAUAUGCAGUAACCAGAUGGUAGUCUGUUAACGACUGAAACAGUUUGUGUAAUAAAGUUUGGAGUAAUACAUCUGCGUGCAAUCAUGAGUUGUCAAAUUUAUGAAAAGCUGUAAAUCAUCGCCUCCUGAAAAUGAUUAUGAUACACCCUACAUAACACAGGAUCCCCAACAGUGAAGACUAUUUACAUAAAGACAAAUGACGCCUAUACUUUUGGACAUACGUUUUAUUCUGUUUCUAGUAAAAAGUGGAAAUAACAGAAAACCGUGUGCAGUUACGCUCUAGGUCAAAUCUGAAAUUGGCUCAAAGCUAUAUAUUACAGAUAAAAUUAUCUUCGAUCUUUGUGCUGACGUGUGAUGGCUUCUGAGAAUAUCUCUUCUUGCUUCGCUGAAGUGUUCACUAUUUUAGUGUAUUCAUUUAAUUGCAUAUUCGUUCUGCAGGAUUUUAUGAUUGGAUCUGUGUACCACUGAGAUGCUAUUAGUGGAAACUUGUAAGAAGAAAGCCUCAGAACGUUAUUAGUUCCACGAUGUAUUUGCUCUACAAACUGAAUUAGUCUUGUUGGUUCACGUGACACACGUCUUAUUACUAUCGGUUGUUAUUCGUUUUUUAUUGUUUGACGAAAAGUAAAUUAUUUAUUGUUUUUUAUGCAGAUAAUUUUAUCUUUCCAAAAGUAACGUGAUGAAGCUGCUAUCUUGACGCAUUCAGUGUGUGUUUUGUCGAAUACCGUAGCUGCCAGUGGUGAAAUAAAUGCUUCAGUACCACCGAAGGAACUUUGGCAAGGACUAUACGAGUUUAUGUGCUUUAAGAACAACAUCGAUCUGACGGACGUCAAGUAAACUCACUGGAAGAAGGAAAUAAAAAUCUUGAUUAAUUUCGGACUGUGCCGCUAUCAGGUAUUACCUGAGCAUUUUGAUCAGGAAACUAUUUUCUUCACUCAUUGUACAAUAAAAAUGACGAAACUAUCAGUAGCCAUUCACAGGUGACAAAUAAUUAUUUGCUGAUUCUUCCGUCAUUGUAACUUUUCUAGUCGUCUAGAAGCUACAAACAGCAAAUGAAAUUUUUAUGCGAUGAACUCCUUUUGUACUUAACUACUUUCAUCAUUGAGUCCUUUCAAAUUUAUUUUCGCUGAAAUUUCUCAGUUUUGGUAUGAUUUUAUUGAAUAUUAGACAGAUAAAUAUUUCUAUGUAUAUAUAAUACCUUUACUUAACGGAAAAUCUUACUAAAUUCAAAAGAGGAUUUGAAACGUUUAUUAUAAUUUUUCAGUUAAAUACUAAUUUCUUUGAGAAACAUGUCUGGUACUGUUGCAUAGUGUUCUGCAGAAUGACGAAUGUUAAUAAUGUUAUUAAACUGUGGCAGCCAACGAGUUUUGACUUCAACAAUGUUUGCGCGAUCAAGCAGUAGUUUAUGUGAGAUGGUGAGAGGUUUAGGAGAGAGUAUAAACAACAUUGAAGCCAAAGAAUUUUCGAACGUUAUAUAUCGUGUUCGUGCGUGAUUUCGCGUGUAAAUAAGCGUAGGAAGUAACCCGCUGGAGUAAUAUGUAUUUAAAAAGUCCUCUCGAGUGCAACUACUAUGAAGAAGGUCCAGUAAAUGUUGAUGUAACGAUGGCCUUCGCUUCAUCUGCUGCGAGCAAUUUGUUGAGUCAGAACAGGAGGAGAGAAGUGUUUUCGAGUUGAGAAUUGCAAAAUCUCCUAAAUACUGAGGUGCGGGGAAUUCACUGUUAAUAUUACGAAAACAAUCAAUGGAAAUAACUGAAAUUGGCUUCAGUAUUAUUAGAAAGAAACAAAAUAGUCUGUAAUAAAAGCCUAUUGGGUCGAAUCACGGACUGUGACUCAGGAAACUGAUCUGUUCAGUAAUAGAGCGGCCAGUGGGCGCCGGCUCACCAGCGCCGCCUCUCCUAAUGUCUUGGUCUCCCCUCUCCUGUAUGAGACAGCAAAAUGCUCUGACAGACGAAGCUACCAACUCGGAGGUCGCAGUAGCUAUUGGUAAAUGUAUUGUAUAAUCGUCGUGUCUAUGUUGGUAAUUAACUUAUUACGGUAAAGUCACUGGUGACAAUAUUUGAGUGUCUGGUAUCCAGUAUUACAUUAUUAGAUUUUUGUUUUUGUAUAUAAUACGAGUGUAUCUGUACAUACUCAAUGUGUUUCAUUGUAUUAUAUUAGCGAAAUACAAGACUAAGAAAGGAAU